CCAAGUCUACCUUUUAUAACCCUGGACCUUUGUAUGAUCGCAUUUCCCCUCGAAGUCUUCGACAAUCCCCUUUGUUACGGACGACCGACGGAGUUCUCGGACAUGUCGUGACUGCGAAGUCCGUCAAGCGCCAUGGCUUUAGCCCUCUCACUCAGGACGACUCCGAAUGCCUGACAAGCCUACAACGGUAGUCGCCUACGCGGCGGGUGCUUCACUUGCUGCCAUUGCUGCCUUUUAUGUCUUUGGGCCGACCUUCUUUAUCGAUGGCGAAAACUCCUACCAUACCAACGACGGGCGCAAACGGACCAUCAUCGGCCUGUCGAACCCCGCGAAUGACUGUUUUAUAAAUUCCGUGCUGCAAGCCCUAGCCGGCCUAGGUGACCUACGGUUAUACCUCAUAAAAGAGCUACAUCGGAGACAGCUGGAUGGCCCAGAGAUAUACGAGUCGGCGCCUUCGCUUCUGCGAAAGGGCGAGAAAGCAGAUAAAGUGGUGAAUUUGCAAAAGGGCCCGAUUACAAAGGCCCUGAAAGAGAUGCUGGAUGCACUAAACGAACGCCCAAUAUACAAGAAGACAAUCAGCGCACGGCCAAUGAUAGAAGCAUUGGAAAGAGCAUUUCAGACCAGGAUCAGUCGAAACCAGCAAGAUGCACAAGAGUUUCUCCAAAUUGUCCUUGAGCGGCUUUGUGAUGAAUAUCAUGCAGCACAACGAGCGCGCUCGAGAAAUCUGCAUCCUGAACAAGCUGAAGACGGCGAGCCUCUGGAACGUAAAACAACAGGCCUGGCACCGGCACUAUCUGAAGUUUCAGUCGGCACAAACGAGGGAUUCCCAUUCGAAGGGCGUAUGGAGUCCCAAAUCCAGUGUAUGCGCUGUGGCUUCAGGACGAAACCGAGUGUGACCACCUUCGUUUCCUUGACACUGAAUGUUCCGAUGAAAAGUACUACAUCUCUCGAUAAUUGUUUCGACGGCCUCCUCAAGAGCGAGGAAAUUGACGACUUCAAGUGCGACAAAUGUCGGCUAAAACAUGCAUUGGAAUGGAAGAAUAAUAAAAUAAAAUCGGCAACGACUGAAAAAGAGCGCACAGAAUUGGAAAAGGAAGGGGAAAGAAUCCAGCAGGCUCUUGAUGAAGACCCUGAGCAAGCCCCAGAAGGAGUCACGCUCCCCGAUUCCAGUCUCGCCCCUAAAUGUAAGAUUAAGAAAUCAACCCGCAUCACCAUGUUUCCAAAGGUCAUUGCGAUCCACCUGUCGAGAUCGAUGUUUGACCGUGAGAGUUACUCGACGAAGAACAUGGCCAAGGUCUCAUAUACCCAGCGACUACGUCUGGGUGGGCUAUUAAAUGAGAAAUGGUACAAGUUACUGGGUGUUGUCUGUCAUAAGGGAAGCCAUCACAGUGGACACUACGAAUCAUUCCGGCGCAAUCAUCUCUACCCUCCCUUUUCUACCCCUGAUGCAUUCAGCGCCUAUGCAACCCGCAAUCCGAGUACUGUUCCGUCUGCGACACCAAGUCCAAGCAUCAAGGCUAUUCAAACCAAUGGCGCGAGCACGGCAGCUGGUCCGUCGGAGACACAAUCGAGUUCGUCCUCGGCGAUCUCGUUACUGGCGAGCAACAGCAGACCGACAUCCAAAAAGGAUGAGGUGAAAGGUGAUUCUUCCUCGACCAAAUCGACGAACAAUGAUGCACAGACAGAGACGUCGCCCUUGCAGAAGACUGAAACCCAAACUUCUAGACCUCAGAUAAGAACGCAAGAAGCAUCUGCGAGCAAGUUCCGCCGACGCAAGAAGUCAAAUGAUCGCUGGUGGCGUAUCUCUGAUGAUAAGAUCAAAGAGGCCCGAACAUCAGACGUUUUGUCUAUGCAACGUGAGGUGUAUCUGCUCUUCUACGAACUCGAGAGACCAGGUGACGAUGCAGCGUCCUGAACUUGCUUCUGUUCUUCGCUUGUUGCAGUAGGUAGAUUUGGAGCAAGCAUGGUGUGAUCUCUGACGGUUUUAUCACACGGUACCAAGCUAGCCUUGGAUAGCACAGCAUCACUUGAACCAUGUGUACAUAUGGCAGUAAACAUAAACAACUCCGAUGACCCCCUUCUCCCGCUGUUUACAUGGACUAAUAUGAC